AGCCAAAACUUAGCUAUGGCAAGUGUGUGCAAUAGUACAACCCUCAACACUCCCUUUACUUCAUCCACAAAGUCAUCUUCUUUAGCUUCCACUCCUAAGCCCUCUCAACUUUUCCUGCAUGGGAAACGUAACCAAACCUUCAAAGUGUCAUGCAAGGUUUCAAACAAUGACCAAAACCAAAACGUUGAAACAAAUUCAGUUGAUAGGAGAAAUAUGCUUCUUGGUUUAGGAGGUCUCUAUGGUGUUGCUAAUGCAGUGCCAUUGGCAUCAGCUGCUCCUGUACCAGCCCCUGAUCUCAAAUCUUGUAGUAAAGCCGAGAUAAAUCCUGGUGGUCCAGAAGUACCCUAUCUUUGUUGCCCUCCUAAGCCAGAUGAUUUGGACAAAGUUCCAUAUUACAAGUUCCCUUCAAUGACCAAGCUCCGUAUCCGUCCGCCUGCUCAUGCUGCAGAUGAGGAGUAUAUUGCCAAGUACAAACUGGCCACUAGCCGAAUGAGGGAACUUGACACAAACCCUAAUGACCCUCGUGGGUUCAAGCAACAAGCCAAUAUCCAUUGUGCUUAUUGCAACGGUGCUUACAUGAUUGAUGGCAAAAAGUUACAAGUUCAUGAAUCAUGGCUUUUCUUCCCAUUCCAUAGGUGGUACUUGUACUUCUAUGAGAGAAUCUUGGGAUCCCUUAUCGAUGAUCCAACUUUUGGUUUGCCAUAUUGGAACUGGGACCAUCCAAAGGGCAUGCGUUUGCCUCCCAUGUUCGAUGUUCCAGGCUCUUCCCUUUACGACGAAAGGCGUAACCCACACGUCCGUAACGGAACCAUAAUCGAUCUUGGUUCUUUCGGCGAGGAAACCAAAACCACUCAACUCCAGACGAUGACGAAUAACUUAACUCAUAUGUAUCGUCAAAUGAUAACUAAUUCUCCAUGCCCGAUGCUCUUCUUCGGUGCGCGUUACGUUAAGGGAACUGAUCCCAACCCAGGUCAGGGAACAAUUGAAAAUAUCCCUCAUACUCCUGUCCACAUUUGGACUGGUACAGUGCGAGGUUCAGAUUUGGGUAAUGGCGUCAAGUCAAACGGUGAGAAUAUGGGUAAUUUCUACUCAGCUGGUUUGGACCCGGUUUUCUAUUGCCACCAUGGCAAUGUGGAUCGGAUGUGGAAUGAAUGGAAACAAACAGGAGGAAAAAGAAGGGAUCUCACAGACAAAGAUUGGUUGAAUUCAGAGUUCUUUUUCUACGACGAAAACCAAAACCCAUGGCGUGUGAGAGUCCGAGACUGUUUGGACACUAAAAAGAUGGGAUACGAUUACGCACCAAUGCCCACCCCGUGGCGUAACUUUAAGCCAGUAAGAAAGACCACAACAGGGAAAGUGAAUACAGGUUCACUUCCACCAACCAGCAAGGCAUUCCCAGUCGCUAAGCUUGACAAAGCCAUUUCCUUUUCCAUCAAUAGGCCGGCUUCGUCAAGGACUCAAAAGGAGAAAAAUGAACAAGAGGAGAUGCUAACAUUCAAUGGUGUUAAGUAUGAUGAUAGGGAAUAUAUAAGGUUUGAUGUGUUCCUCAACGCAGACAAGACUGUGAAUGCGAAUGAGCUUGACAAGGUUGAGUUUGCAGGGAGCUACACCAGCUUGCCACACGUUCACGCAAAUCAUGAUUCCUCUUCCGAGGGUGUUCCUUUCCAGCUGGCAAUCACUGAACUGUUGGAGGACAUUGGCUUGGAAGAUGAAGAUACUAUUGCGGUAACUGUGGUUCCAAAGGCAGGUGGCGAAACCAUCUCCAUUCAAGGUGCGGAGAUCAAGCUUGUGGGUUGUUAAGUCCUGGUUUGGGAGCUAAUUAGUAGCUAUUGAAUCUGCUGAGAUUACACUUGAAGCUUGUUGAUCGAUGAUGGUCUCUGCAAGUUUCCUUAUUGUGUUUUUUUAAUGGUCUCGAUUUGCAUUUCUAUGUUACUUUUCAUGUUGAAAUCAGCUUGAUGCUGGAUUUCCUCGUUGUUAUUUAUGAAUAAAUCAGUACCAUACUGGUGUUAUAAUUA